AUGAAUGAGGCAUCUGAAUUUGUUGGAAUUGUCAAUUCAUUAGAAGAAAUCAAGAAUCCUGCUAAUAAAAACCUUAUUAUUUAGAAACAAGUGCUUAUUAUGUGUUCCAUAAGUUGUUAUGUGCUUCAAAUUAUGGUUUAGAUAAAAAGUAGCAUAAUAUAUUCAAAAAGUAUAAAUAAUUUUUCCAACGACUAAUAAAACUAAGUAAAACGUUUAAUAAUUAAAUUCAUUCAUUAAUAAAAUCGUUUAAACAUUGUUUCACUCUUUUAAUUUUGGUAAAUUAGAAGCUACUUAAAUAAUGCCUUAUUGUUAGAUUUCAAUUGA